AUGUGAGUUCAAUCGGAAUCAAACAUCAUGCAGGAAAUAUUGGACAGAACGAAGCCCGCCUCAGAAAAUGCAGCCACCCUCAACAACAGCGAUGAGCAAUCGCAGGUCGAUUCUGGCUCUGCUCUUCAACAAUUUCUCGAUCGCAUUCCCCUUAGUUCGGUUUCUGGCAUCCAAAGCUCAUUCGCUUUAGAAUUGAAAGCUGGGGACACUGUAAAGGAUGCGAUUCGCAUGCUGUACGAAAAUGACCUCUUUGGAGCACCUAUGGCUGAUGUCCUGGACCCCAAUGCACCCCGCAUGGAAUUUUCUUAUCGGUAUAUCGGUUUCCUUGAUUUCUCAACCAUGGUCCUGUGGUGUAUUGAGGAAUAUGAAAGUUUCAGGCAAAAUUUCAAGAACAACGGUCUUGAAAAGGAAAGAGACGGCGGCCUUUUCUCCACUCUGGACCAGAUUCCUCAGAUUGGACACACCAAGGUCGGUGAGUUAGCCAAGCCAUUCGUUUGGGAACCAUUUUUCCCUGUACAUUUGGAUGAUACACUUCUUCAUGCGCUGCUGCUUCUUUCCAAGCAUCCGCUGCGGGUUUUGCCAGUGAUACAGCAUUCAGAUCCCCAAGUCAUUGGUUUAGUUACUCAGAAUGCUUUAGUUCAAUUGCUUCUUGAAUCAAGCGGACUAGAGUGGUUUGACAAUAUUGCAGACAAGGCCUUGUCAGAUCUCAAAUUGGAAGCACAAGAACAUGCUAGUUUUGUAUUUGGGGACCAAACUGUUGCUGAUGCUUUACACAUUCUCUGGGAAACCCGAGCCUGGACAGUUGCUGUUGUAGAUCGACAAAGUAAGAAGCUUAUUGGUUGUGUCAGGAACAUAGAUAUCUAUCAUCUUGUGGAAAAUGAUGAUCUCUUUAGAAAUAUAAAGAAAUUAACUGCUGAAGAGUUCAUCCACUCAGAGCCUGACGAAACUGAGACAAGCUCUGAAAUUGGUUAUGGGACUUCAAUGGUCGCAAGAAAUCUCCACCUGAAGAAGAAAUGUGUACCUAAGAUGGACUCGCCAUUGACCAACAAGAAGAGUGACACACUCAAGCAAUUGAUGAAGCAUAUGACAGAAAAGAAUAGCAGAUUCACCUUUCUGGUCAAUGAAAAUGAAGAAGUUAUACGACUGAUCACAGUGAGAGAUGUUAUUCUGCAGUUUGCUCCCCCUUGUGUGAGUUCCAGUAUUGAUGGAGGUGGGUUUUUCCAAAUUGCUUUGGAACAGAGCGGAUGCCAUGUAGAAGAUGGAACUCUAGUUCGUGAUCAUUGAUCUCGGAAGGGGGUUGCAUGCCUGGUUUGGGACGAAAUUGAAAUUCAAUUCCGUUCUUAUCUUAUUUCAAUUGUUUGGGGUUCUGCGACAAGGAUGAUAACCUUGUCCCUACUUAUCAGAGAAGAUUUUAAAACAUUAAAAUUUUCUCGUAGGUCAAACUGUUUUUAAUGUUUUUCCUUCGAAUAUUAUCUAUUUUUUUGGUCAUAAGAAUUAAAUUUUAGAAUGUAGCAUUAUGUUUUGAA